AUGGUGCACAGCGAGGAAAAGCAAUGGCAAAUGAUGUUUCUGUUCCCGAUCCCGGAAGCGGUGCAAGAUGGCAUUGUGUACUGCCAGCGUUCGUUACGCGAUUUCGUCAAACUUCACGAGACUUUGGCCGCCCAAAUCAAUAAGCUAGGCGGAAAUCAGCGUACGAAAGCCCGACAAUAUUUGAAGGAGUUGGAAGAGGAAAUUGUCAGCAUCGGAGGCGAACAGAAAAUCCUCGUCGGUUUGCUGACGGAGAACCUACGCAGCUUCCAACUUUACGUGCGUGUGACGAAGAUGGUCAAUAUUGGGAACGAAAUGGCCGACGGGUACGUAACAUAUCUCCUGCGUCGGUCCAUGGAAAUGCCCGCUGUACCGAAGAAACUUCCACCGGGUGUCACAGUUCGUCGGAGCGCUGCUGAACUUGCCGAGCACUACAGUAUUGAAAAUAUCCUCAAACUAUACCGCGAUGAGUGUGGCCGUAAAUCAAAGCAUCCACAGUGGCCGUCGGGUUCGAAGGAAGACGAAGAAAAGCAGAAACCGACCGUUUCGAGCCAACGACCGGUAACGGUUAGUCCAUCACGGUCGCUGCUGAAGCGCAGGCAGGAUCGGCCCGUCGAGUCCGAGCCAUUAGUUACAAAUGUUGCCUCUCGCCAAGAGCGACGGCCAUUUGAAGGAAUCGGCAAACAACAACAGUCACGAGAGCAAAUUCCUCUGGAAGUGAAGCAGAAAUCGGUUGUAGCGGUUGCGGCGAGUGGCACCCCAAGCAAGCAGUCACGGAAAGAAUCGAUUGAGGUUAAGGUGGAGUACCCCGAGCCGAAGCAACAGUGGCCGCUGCCGAGCGGCGUGUGGAAGCCAGGUUCUCGCGGCAGGCCACCAAAUGCGGCCAAAAGGGCUGCAGCAUUGCUAGAGGCGACUCAAAAAUUGCAAACCAAAGUACCAAUUGCAAUUAAAGUACCAAAGCCACAGGUCGUCGUUGAGGUCGUGGAGUCGAGCAAUGAUUCAUCGGGUGAUGAACCGGUCGAGAUGACGGCCGCCUAUCGACAGAGUCGCAGUAAUUUGCAGCAGGCGCUCGCCAACCUGGUCGGUCAUCGGAAAUGUGACGAAGCUGUGACAGCGCGACCCAUGCUGACCGCAGCCGCCAACUUAGCGAAGCGCGUUAAACCUACGACAACGACCACCUCUUCGGGUGGUGCCAAACUCGUCAGAUACAGCUCAUCAACCGUGAUCGAGAUUUCGAGUGGUUCCUCUCCAAACUCACGCUCUUCGUCGCCCUCUUCGGCCGAUUCGUUCGAUCGCCGCUCACCGGUCAGUGACUUUCCGCCGAUCGCUAGCGAACCACCCGUCCCGACGCCGCUCAGCAUCUACGAGCUGGAACAGCCGGCGUUUUUGAAAUUUUUCGGUCUAUACACCCCCAAAGAGGUGCAGGCAUUGCGCGAACGGAAACGGGAACGCAAGCGACGCAGCUGCAACAGCACCGAGCGGAAAGAUUUUCACUACGGACGCUUCGAUUAUUACGAACAGCAACAGCGACGCACCGUCUCGCAACGUCCCGUCCUGUACUCGCCGCCCGUUACGGUGGCCAAGAAACGCAAAGCUCUUCCUCCUGCUCCGACGGCGUCCAGCUCCGUGCAAGUUGCCGGCGGCAGCAGUGGUGGUUCUGCUGCUGGACCUAGUGCAUCAUUUAAACAUAUCCUAGGCGGAUUGGAAGACACGAGUUGUUUCGUUUGCCUCAAGCGGGGAUACACCGAAGAGCUAAGCUCAUGUAUGAACUGUUGCAACAUCUACCACAUCGAUUGCCACGAGUUCAGCGACCCAAAGGCCAGCGACGAGCAUUUGAUCCGCCAGCGGGAAAACCUUUGCCCGAACUGUCUCUAG